CGGGGCGGGGCGGGGAUGGCGGCGCCCUGCCCUUGGUGGGUCCCCGGUGGGGGUCGUGCAGGCGGCCGGGCUUCGGGGACGGGUGUGUGUGCCCCCGAGGGGCCGGAGCCGGAGCGUGUGUUUCCAAGCCAAGGAGGAGUCGGUUUGGGAGAAGGCUGCGCGAGGGUGCCGCGGUGCGGUGCUGGUAACGGCUGCCUUCAGGUGCCUUUACCUUGUAUAGGAAAUGUAACCUUGAUCCAUAGAAGAUUGACAAGGUGUUAGCAGUUCUUCAUCCAGUGCAAGGAAGAUGGGAUGUAAUGGACUCUGCUCUUGAAUCAUUAAAUAGAAUCACAAAUUGGGUUGGAAGGGACCUCUGAAGAUCAUGUAAUCCACACCCCCAUACUGAGCAGGGUCACCUAAAGCAUAUUGCACAGGAUGGCAUCCAGGCUUUGGAAUAAUCACUGUGAUGGGACAGGAAGCAGAAACAAAUGUAAAGCUGGAGGCAGGGACCUUGAAGGAGAUCAUGAAGACUUUGAGCAGACACGUUUCAGACAUGGGAGAGGAUGGCUGAAGAGAACUUGAACAAUGAAAAACAGUGGAUUAGACACAGAUGCAGAAGAUUACUGUUCUACCUGUUCAGAUUCAGAUUUUGUGGAGAAGAGAAGGAAAAUGAAUUGAAUGGCCAGAGUUUCUUGGUGUUGGAUGAACAGAGAUUCGCAAAAGAGAUUCUUCCCAAAUACUUCAAGCACAACAACAUGGCAAGCUUUGUCAGACAGUUAAACAUGUAUGGUUUCCGUAAAGUUGUCCAUGUUGAUUCGGGGAUUGUCAAACUGGAGCGAGAUGGUCCAGUAGAGUUUCAGCACCCCUAUUUUAAGCAGGGUCGGGAGGACUUGUUGGAACACAUUAAAAGGAAGGUUUCUUCUUCAAGACCUGAAGAAAACAAGAUACGCCAGGAGGAUCUCUCCAAAAUAAUAAGUAGUGCUCAAAAGGUGCAAAUUAAACAAGAGACUAUUGAAUCUCGAUUGUCUGCUCUGAAAAGAGAGAAUGAAUCUCUUUGGAGAGAAGUUGCAGAACUGAGAGCAAAACACUUGCAACAACAGCAAGUUAUUAGGAAGAUUGUGCAAUUUAUUGUUACCUUGGUGCAGAAUAACCAACUAGUGAGCCUAAAGCGCAAGAGGCCUCUUCUUCUGAACACUAACGGACCCACAAAGUCAAAUGUAUUUCAGCAAAUUGUGAAAGAACCAGCUGACAGUAACCAUCAUGUACCUCUCAACAGAACUGAAGGGUUAAAACAAAGGGACCAAAUUUCAGAUGACAUCAUUAUUUAUGAUGUUACUGAGGAUGUGGCGGAUGAGGACAAUACCAUGGUUGAUGAAAAUCCUCCUGUUACACCAGAGGCAAAUGAAGACAGCACUUCAGAUUCUUCCAACUGCAGUCAUUCUCCUGAUAUAGUAAUUGUGGAAGAUGAUAAUGAGGAAGAAUACGCUCCUGUAAUUCAAGGGGAUAAAAGCACAGAAUCAGUUGCUGUCCCAGCUAAUGAUCCCCUCAGCCCUGUCAGUGACAGUACAAGUCCGCUCAUGUCAAGUGCUGUACAGCUGAACAGCCAGUCAACUUUAACUGCAGAAGAUCCAGUCUCAAUGAUGGAUUCCAUACUCAAUGAGAGUGGAGUAAUUUCACAGAAUAUAAAUCUUCUUGGAAAAGUUGAACUUCUGGAUUAUCUUGACAGUAUUGACUGCAGUUUAGAGGACUUCCAGGCCAUGUUAUCAGGACGACAGUUCAGCAUAGAUCCAGAUCUACUGGUUGAUCUUUUUACAAGCUCCGUGCAGAUGAAUCCCACAGAUCAUAUCACUAAUACCAAAAUGGAGACGAAGGGAAUAGAAACUACUAAGAAUAAUGCUGGUCCAGCUGCUUCACAGGAAACACAAGUUUUCAAGCCCAAAUCAGAUAAGCAACUCAUACAGUAUACUGCAUUUCCACUGCUUGCAUUCCUUGAUGGGAACCCAGGUUCCAAUGUUGAGAGUGGGAGCUCCACCACCGAAACUCCUUCCUCUGUGGACAAACCGCUGGAAGUGGACGAGCUCCUGGAGAGCAGCCUGGAUCCUGAACCAACUCAGAGCAAGCUGGUGCGGCUGGAGCCGCUGACAGAGGCAGAAGCAAGUGAAGCCACACUGUUCUAUUUAUGUGAACUUGCCCCAGCACCCAUGGACACAGACAUGCCGUUCUUGGAUAACUAAUGCAAUGGGGACUCUGUAUAUAGUCAUGAAGAUGAACUAUUUAUUUAGAAUAUUGUUUGGUAUAUGAGUUUUUUGUAAAUCACUGUUUUAUGUAACCAGAUAAUGUGGAGUUUAAACUAUCUUUCCUAUCUUCCUUCAAGCAAUUGUUUAACUACGCUGUGUAGUACUGUGUACACAGCGUACUAUUAGGCACCAUUGGCAAUACCAAGUCAGACUGUUACUAUACUGCUGUCAAACACUUGGUAUACUACACAUAUCUCUAAAUAUCCAAGGUAACUGAACACUUGUUAAGAAUAAGCUUUGAUUUAUGGUUUCUUCCACUUCUGGUCUUACAUAUGAUAACGUAAAAUAGUAGUGUAUGGUUAGGGAGCACUGACUUUCUGUAUCUUGUUUUUUUUUUCUAUUUUUUACAACAUUUUGUUUAAUAAAACAUGAAGCUUUUUUGGGGUGGGGGGGAACCAGGACCUGAUGUAGGCUUUUUUUUUUCCCUGCUUGAACUGGGAACAAAGUGCCUGUACCUUGCUAAAUCUUGGUUCUGCCUUACUUUCACUUCAGUGGAAGUGCUUAUACAUAGCACAAACUGGGGAAAAGUCCUUUACAGCCACCAGGCCCCUUGACUGCAUGAGUACUUUUAACUUGGACCAUCUACUCUGACAAAAUAAAUGUUACUUAAGUGUGAUA